UAUUGUUAAUGUCAACUUGCCCUUUAAGUUAUAUUUUCUCCAAAAAAAAACUUGAAUAUAUAUUUUGCAGAUGUUAAAGAUGCUUGGGCUGGACAGACCGCCCAUGUACUCCUUUCAAAAGUGGGGGCCUAUAAGCUCUUCUACUGGGACAUCAAACAGACAGGGCCCCACAUGGAGCUGGAAAGUGAGUCUAUUAAUGCCUUUUUGGCCAUUCUGGUGCGCAGCUACAACCACCAGAACAAGGAAAAGGCUGCAUCCAUCGAUUCCUAUGCCAUGAGCUCAAUGUGGACUGGAAAAACACCAAGACUUAAGAUCCAACCCAUGGAGUAUGAAGUGAUUAUGGGGAUUGUCAAUGAGCAUCACCACUGGACAUUAGUGGUGAUUUAUCCUAGAGAAAAAAAAUCUCUUUUCCUGGAUCCAUUGGGAGAAUCUAAAACUGACAUCAAGAAGUGCUUGGAGAUAACAAGGGGUUUCAUGAGAGCGAAAGGGAUCAGUGUGUCCAGGUGGUCUUGUGACACUGUUCCACAUCCCAAACAAGUCGAUGGGACCUCAUGUGGAGUGUUUGCUUUGACAUUUGCUGAGAAGAUUCUGAAAGGGGAGAGCAUUGAAUUUGAUACAAACACACAAGCUGUGAACAGUCUCAGAUUCACAAUUGCACUUACACUCCUUCAACAGACUGAUGACCUCACCGAUGUUUGCCAUCACUGUGGGGAAGAGGAACACGAGACAAAUGUGGACUGGAUACAGUGUGAUGAUUGUCUCCGAUGGUUCCACCAGGAGUGUGUGGGAAACCCACCAGUGGACGAGGCUUUUCACUGUCCCACUUGCGUUUCUAAAUAAAAAAAACAGCCUUGAAAAGACAUUGUUAUAGGUUGUGAAUGGAGAUUUUGCAUGAAAAACAGUGUAUUUGUGCUGACAUUAAAGUGUACAUAGACCAACUUAAAUGAUGAUUAGA